GCCCCCCAAGCCCUGAAGCCAGAGGGCUUCCACUGGCCGAGCGCAUGCCGCCACGGCGGCUUGUGUGCUGGAGCGUCUGGCCGCGACUCAACUCGGCGGCUAUGUGCAACUACAGAACUGAGGGAGCGAGACAAUCUCCAAAGAUGGGGGAGCCUGGCGGGAUUUUCAUCCCGGCGUGUGCGUCGUCAAUUCGGUUGUCCCCUCCGAUAAAAAGUCGCAGCCAUGCCGGAGCUCCGUCGCACCCCGUGGAAUGUUCUGCUCUGGCGGCUGGGAGCGAGGUCGCUGGGCUGCCGGACUGCGCUGGACUGGCCUGCCGAGCCGACCGUCGGUGAUGUCAGCGAGCCGAGUGACGAGUUAAGUCGUGUGUCCGUCUGAGUCCGUCCCUCGGCGUCUUGCAUCGCUGGCGUGGGCAAUGGCACAGGCUGGCUUUGGGGGGCUUGUCCAAAGGUCUUCAAGCUUCACCCACUCGCCCACUAACACUCGUCAAGGCCCACUCACAUCCCAUCCAUAUCCCCAUCCUAUCUGCCCCAGAUCCCUCCCCUGUGCAUCCUGUCUGACCAGGGUCAACCGCCUCCCGCGCGGCCAGGGCCUAGCUGUCCUGGUGAAGACAACCUGGUCGGGCUCCAGGCAUGCCGCUGCCACCUUGGUUGCUGUCGCAGUCGCUGUCAUUGUUUUGGCCGCUGGCUCGUCCCAUGUUGUCGAGUCGGAGGUUCUAUUCGUGCGUUUCAUGUACCACAGGCUGUCAGGCAUGUCCAUAUUGGGAUUGGCUCCAGCGCCGCUUUCUUUGGCUUUGCUGUCCCCGUUGCAACUCAUUCCAUCCUUUCCUCAGGAGCCAGCCCGGUGUGCUAGCAUGACGCUGGGCACUUACGCAUUUUCCAGUGUGCUGGCUCUACAAGCAAUGGAUAGGAGUCCGAAACAGAGCGGGGUCAUUGCUGGCUUCAAACUAUUGGGUUUGAAAUGAACAUUCAAUUUCUCCCAAAUAAUUAGAACCCAAUGCAUACCUACUGAGUUGCUUGGGUUUGGCGGGGUCCGAGAAGAUGUUAAAUGAGGCUAACUUACCCGUAAUAUUAGAAUGCCGGUGACGACGCCAACCCAACUUAAUUAGACCAUUCACUGAUUUUCCGAAUCUUCUAGCUUGGGGACCGUUGAGAACCGUUGCCGAUUGAUCUCCUUGCCAGCUAUGUCAGGAGUCAAGUGAUCACGAUCCUGACAGAGUCCGCUGUGAUUGUUUGAGGUGAGCGUGCUAAUGAGCCUGUCAAACCCAACAGUAGCCCAGAGCGAUACUGUCCAAUCCAGUUGGUCAGGCGGCACGCAUUCAAGCCUGGGACUCGAUCUUGUGACAGGGGAACCUUGGCCCACAGUCCAUCAGCCACCCUGACACCACCGCACCGUACGUGGUGAGAGCAUACUCGCGCACGUAUGCCAGCAAAUGUAUCUCGUUUUCACCUGGCGAGUACUACUCUGCUUUUGUACUUUUCGAUAAGCCUUCAAUUCCAACGGGGCAAGUGAUAACUUUCAUCAGAUCCCAGGGUCUAGGGGCUGAGCAGAGGAUGGUUGUGGCCAUAUUCAUUGCCCGAUUGCGCCACGCCUUUUUGGGCCAGGUCAUUCAUGAAACCCAUAAAUCCAGGGGAGGAUUUGGUACCCGGGGAAUGCGUGGAGAACGAAGCAACGUUUGACUUUAUCCAACGAGUCUAUUUGAAUUUGUUGAGUGCGUCUCCUGCUUCGCGAGACCCUUUCUGUGCCAAGCCACGAGAAGAGUAGCAGUGCGCCUAGCGUGUGAGUGAUGGCCAGCGCAAGGGAGACGGUAGCUCGCCGCGGGAGGUAUUGCUCGAUCUGCUGCGUCAAUUGGCGGGGUACGGAGGUACGGAGUUGAACCCGAGGGUGGGAUGCCAACUGGCGAGAAGGAACUCUAAGGAUGGCAGUCAGCCACGGCAAUUCGGUCCUUGAUGCCCGCUUGUGUAACUGGACUGCAGUGGUAACAGGAAAAACAGCCACGGCGUCGACGACAAGGCCGUCUGCAAGGUCCCGACCAACGUAGCUGCGGAUGAUCGACAACCUGGGAUGCAAGUCGCUGAAGAGUGCAGGAGAUGCAUGACUAAGCGUGACGGUUUGUUCGAAUUGCAAGGCUGAAGCAGAAUCGGUAAGCGGAGUUCAGAGAGAACCGUAUCGAAUAGAACCAUAUCCCCGUGGGUCGUGGGUUUACAGUAAACAAUUUCGUCCGGAGGACUGGCUGUGAUGGUUCAAAGCAUCUGCAGAUGGCUGUGUUGUUGGGUGACCCCGUGUGAGGUGAGAGUUAAAGUGUAUGACGGGCUGCAGCUACGAAAUGCAAACGCAUUUCACCACGAUAUGAGGCUUCAAGGAAAGAGAAAUAGAGCCAGUUGAACAACCUUAAAACAAACAUCCU